AUGUCGAGAUUUCAACAGCUGCUAGAUCAUCCUGCAGGGCCGAAAACCGUUUUUUUCUGGGCUCCAAUAAUGAAAUGGGCGUUAGUCAUUGCUGGCUUGAGUGAUCUUCAACGUCCCCCAGAAAAUUUAUCAGUAUCUCAAAAUGCUGCCCUUACAGCUACUGGUGUAAUUUGGUCUAGAUACUCCACUCAAAUUAUUCCUAAAAAUUAUCCAUUACUAUCAGUAAAUAUAUUUGUCGCAGGUAUCGGAAUAACGCAAUUGUAUAGGAUAUGGAAGUGA